GGUGCUGCGCCAGUCCCUCCUCUCACUGUCAUCUCGUUUGUGAGCCCAGAUAAAAAGCCCGCCUCCUGCCCCAUAAGGCCACCGGGCCGGAAGUUCUGCCUUCUCUUCCUGUUUGCCCAUCAUGUCGCAAGAUCAAGGUGAAAAGGAGAACCCCAUGCGGGAACUUCGCAUCCGCAAGCUCUGCCUCAAUAUCUGUGUUGGGGAGAGCGGAGAUAGGCUGACCAGGGCGGCCAAGGUGUUGGAGCAGCUCACGGGCCAGACACCGGUGUUUUCCAAAGCCAGAUACACCGUCAGGUCCUUUGGCAUCAGGAGAAAUGAAAAGAUUGCCGUCCACUGCACUGUCCGUGGAGCCAAGGCAGAAGAAAUUCUGGAGAAAGGUCUGAAGGUGCGGGAGUAUGAAUUACGGAAAAAUAACUUCUCAGACACCGGAAACUUUGGCUUUGGGAUUCAGGAACACAUUGAUCUGGGCAUCAAGUAUGACCCGAGCAUUGGGAUCUAUGGCCUGGACUUCUAUGUGGUGCUGGGUAGGCCAGGUUUCAGCAUCGCAGACAAGAAGCGCAGGACAGGCUGCAUUGGGGCCAAACACAGAAUCAGCAAAGAGGAGGCCAUGCGCUGGUUCCAGCAGAAGUAUGAUGGGAUCAUCCUUCCUGGCAAAUAAAUUUUAUUCAAAAGGCCAAUAAAAAUUUUUCUCAGAAAUA